AUGCUUAAAUACAGGUGCAUUACUACAUAUAUCACGCUGUUAUGGUUGUUAGCUACUGUAGCCUACUGCUUUACAAAAGAUGAAGUUGAAAUCUUCCAAUUACAGCAAGAAUUGGAGAGAAAGUAUGGAAAGGAUAUGGAUUUCUAUCGUUUUCUCAAGCUUCCAAAACAGAAACAAUCAACCUCAAUCGAGAUCUCGAAAAACUUGAAGAAACUAGCAAAGAAGUACCAUCCUGAUAAGAAUCCAAAAUACAGGAAACUUUAUGAAAGAAUUAGCUUGGUUACUAGAAUAUUGGCAGAUGAUGGCCUUCGCAAGACUUAUGACUAUUAUUUAAAAAAUGGAUUUCCCAAGUAUGAUUACAAAAAAGGUGGAUUUUUCUUUAACCGAGUAAAACCUUCUACUUGGUUUACACUUGCGUUCUUGUAUGUCCUGUGUGGUGUUAUACACUUCGUGUUACUCAGAUUACAUAACAAUGCUAAUAAGCAGAGAAUUCAGAGUUUCAUUGCUAGAGUUAAGGAGCAAGACAACACUAAUGGGCUAGGCGAAUGUAAAUUAAUGUUUAAAGAAUCAGAAGAGUCUGAAGGGAAACAGUUAUUAGUAAAAUUUGGGGAAGUAUUUGUCGUUCAGUCUGAUGACACUAUAGCAAAGGUUUCCACAGAUCAGGUUACCGAUCCUGGUAUCAGCGAUACGUUAUUGGUGAAACUUCCUCAAUGGCUAUGGAAUAAGAGUAUUGGUAAGAUAUUGCCAAAUAAAGACACAGGUAAAGCGUCAAAAGAAGGCAAAUCCAAAGUCAAAAAUAAGAAAGCUGGCAAAAGAUUAUGA